UGCACGUGUCACACACACCUGUUCACUUGUUGUUCUAAUCUGAGAGAUUCUCUCAUACAACAGCAUAGCGUAUGUGUCUGUUCCCCCCUCCCAAUAAAAGAGUGAACGCUGUCUCGAGGACAAUGAGGUCACUUUCGGGUUGAUGUUGUUCUAGGUCAGUCGGGACAAGGCUUUGUGAGGAAAUGCAAAUGCCCAAGUUUCAAAUGAAGAAGUUGGGCUGAGAGAGACGCUCCAGUUCUUGACCGGUAAACAAUCACUCCUCCUCCGCGAUGCAGCUGUAUGGAGCUCUGGUGCUGCUCCUGACUCUGUCUGCAGCAUGUGGAUUAAGAUGUUACACAUGCACAGCCAGCGACCCCAGAGACUGCACGGACACCAAGUUGUGUUCUGUCUUCUUCAACCGUUGUUUCUCUCUCAGAAUAGACGGUUUUGCCGUGGUUAACAAGGGCUGCCAAACCCGCUUAGUGUGUGUAGGUGCCAUGAAAUGCUGUGAAGGGGACUUGUGUAACAGCGCCACCCCAACUGGUCCCAGUGUCGUCCUCCUGCUCGUGUCUUCGGCCAUGAUCACGCUCUCUCUCUGAGGCUCUGGGAUUUUGUUCUUUUCUUUGUGUCAACGCAGCACUUUUUUUCCUCUUUCCGAUUUGUAAACUACAAAAACUGUUUCUAAGUGAGUGAGACGGCCUUUCGUUUGAAUGUCAAACUUGUGGGACAUUUGGUCUUCAAAGUCUAACAAAGUCUCUGGAAGUUGGAGCAGGGUGAUGUGGCUCAUGAUUUAUUUUGUGCUAUAUUAAAUGAACUUAUAGACAUUUAUUUUGAAUAAUGACAGGAUGGACAUAAUUCUUAAGGGCUGUGGGAAUUUUCAGUUGUAUACUCUAAUACUGGUACAAGAGACACAGUCGGUAACACACACAAAAAUACUCUCAAUAGAUUUUCAGCUUUCAACUCAACUGUACAACACACUACACAUGGUUCUCUCUCUAAGAAUUGGACAGGAAUCUAAGAUAGUCAUUUUGUUGCCAUUCUGGUAGAAUAGAUACCCGCACACGUAAAUCUAUGCAAAGAACACUAUAGCUUUAGCUUUAGGUCUCAGAGCACACAUGAUUCAGCAGGGAAAAACAAAUUGGUACACAAAGCAGUACACCUGUGCACACCAGGUGGUAGAGCCCCCGCCUCCUGUUUACUACAGCAGUCAAGUACACAAUGUAGACGGACAAACAUCACAUACAAUAACGGAUCGCCAUAAGUGAUAUUUGAUCAAUUCAUAUUAAAUAGAACUUUGAGGCGGAUGAGGCUGGAGCCAUCAUUAAUCAAAGAUCCCCAAAUCUAUAAUGGUAAAACAAUCUAAAAUUAACUAUAGAACAAAGGGCUAUCAGACAGGGACUGUCAUAAAACAUAGAUCCCAAAUUCUACAUUAAAUAACUUUGAUUACAGUAAAACGCCCAUAUCAGACUAUAUGUACUAUAUCCUAUGAAGACUAUGCGCCGUUUGGAUUUUCAGCACAAAACCACAGAAAAUAAUACAUAUUUUACAAACACUUUUUCUAUUUAGUGAGUGAGACGUGUUUCAUUUAAAUGUUUAGUCUUCAGAGUCUUAACUUGUUUGGAGUAUGCAGCUUUUUGUUUGUGUUUGUUUGUCGUUGAGUUGACAAUAAAUUUCUCUCACCUCUC